UCUAGCGGUCGCUAAACCGUUCGCCCACUCCCGUCGCGCGGACGCGAACGCUUGUCUUAUCAAUUGACGUCCUGUUAUCGGACAUUGUCUAGACGUUUUGGUCGGUGAAUCUACCGGUUCGCGGCCGUAGAACCGUUCGCUGGACAAGGGGACCGGAGCGAGAGAGGGAGGGAAGAGGAGAAACAGGCGAACGCGUCGGGCCUGUCACUGUCGGGGAAGAUCGGCGGAAGAUAAGGCACGUAACGUACUCUUUUGCUGAAUUUCUUCUUUUGGCCGCGGAAAGGUCGCGACCAUCCCCGCCCCCGGGACCUUGUUGCAUGGCCGCUUCAUUCAAAAGGGCGACGACACCCCGGCGCCGCUCUCGAGAUGCGACCUUAGAAUUUCCAGCAGGAGCUUCGAGUUCUCGGACAGUAGUCGACGACGACGAUCUAGAAGAAGACGACCUAAUCGACGAACGGCGGAACUUGCUCGCCAACAUGGGGUCAUCAACAGACGCACCGCAGAACCCUCCCGCCGAGGUGCAGGACGGGGAGAGGCAGCACAUUGACAGCGACAUGGCCAAGAGGAUUGUCCGCAAGAUUGAUUUCAAUAUCAUCCCGCUGCUCUUCAUCACCUACAUGUUCAACUUCAUGGACAAGACUAUUCUGUCCAGCGCCUCUGUAUUUGGUCUUAGAACCGACACUCAUCUCAAGGGCCAAAACUACAGCUGGGUCUCCAGCAUCUUCUACUUUGGCUACUUCGCCUGGACCUACCCAACCUCCGUCCUCAUCGCCCGCCUCCCCGUCGCAAAGUACAUGACCGCAAACACCUUCUUCUGGGGCGCCGUCGUCGCCCUCACAGCCGCCUGCACAAACUACGGCGGCCUCCUCACCGUUCGCUUCCUCCUCGGCGUCGCAGAGGCCACCAUCACGCCCGCCUUCAUGUUCCUCACCUCCACCUGGUACACCCGCGACGAGAUCCCCACUCGCACGGGCAUCUGGUUCGCCGGCAACAGCGUCGGCGGACUCGUCGCCUCCUUUGUUGCCUUUGGCUUUGGCCACAUCUCGAGCGACGACAAGGUCGGCCCCUGGCGCUGGAUGUACAUCAUCCUCGGCGUUCUCACUUUUGUCUGGGCGUUUGUGCUGCUCAUCUGGCUGCCCGAUACCAUCUCCAAGGCCCGCUUCCUCAAGCCCGAGGAGCGCCGGUACGCCGCUGACCGCGUCGUCGUCGCCGGCACGGGAUCAACGGAGAAGACGCACUGGAAGUGGGACCAGGUUGUCGAGUGCAUGAUUGACCCCAAGACGUGGUUCAUCUUUGGCCUCGAAAUCAUCACCCAGAUCCCCAACGGCGGCACCCAGAACUUUGCCAACCUCGUCAUCAAGUCGUUUGGCUUCACCAGCUUGCAGUCAACACUCAUCAACAUCCCCUACUCGCUCCUCUCUGCCGCCAUCAUCGCCGGAACCGGCUGGAUCGCCGGCCGCUACCGCAAGAUGAACUGCAUCCUGAUUGCCAUUGUCGUUCUGCCGUGCAUCACCGGUGCCGCGAUCAUCUACUCCCGCGAAAGCGUCAGCAGCGGUGUCCAGCUCUUUGGCUACUUCCUGCUGUCCCCCGGACCUGCCGCAAUGCCGCUUGCUAUGUCUCUCGUUUCGGCGAACUACCGUGGCGUGACCAAGAAGAUGACCAUGUCGUCUCUGCUGUUCCUCGCCUACUGCGCUGGCAACAUUGCUGGCCCGCAGUUCUUCAAGGCCUCCGAGGAGCCUCACUACAACACCGCCUUCCGCACCAUCAUGAUCUGCUACUCGCUCGUCGUGGUGCUGGCGCUCGGUCUGCGGUUCUACCUCCAGUGGAUGAACGCCAAGCGCACGAGAGAGGAAGGAUACGAGGGCAGCGCUGGUGGUGCUGGCGCUGUUGGUGGCGGUAAGGUCAUGCAGGCUGAGGGUAUUGCCGGUGAUGUCGCGGAUAUGGUUGAUCGGGUUGAGCUUCGGCCUGAGGAUUACGAGGAUGUGACGGACUGGAAGACUGCCGGCUUCAGGUAUCGUCUGUAAGAGUUGUGGUGGCUGGUUUGCUGGCAGAAGCCUGGGUUGAUUAAGCCUCGGUAGAUGGAUACAUAGAUCAUUUGCGGCUCCUCACUCAUCUCCCAGAAGAGAUGAGACGUGGGAAGUCAUAAACUUAAUAGACACUUCGGUGAACAAGUACUGGCCGCGCCGAGUGCUGCGUGAUAAUGUGUAGUGAGAUGAUGCGACUGUGCUUCAGUCAAAGUGACCCGCGACAUGAUGCUCAACAGCAGCAGCAUCACCCUCAAACUCGCCGCAAACGGGGCAGGUUACGGCCUCAGAAACUGGAGUAGGCGUCGCUUCCUGCACCUCAGCGCCAGAGUUUGCAGCCGCUCUACCUCGCCCACCAUUCUUCUGCUUAGCAGGGCGAAUGUAAGCCUCAAGUCCAACCUGCGCCGAAGGCAACUCAGGCUCGGCAUCUUGCCUGCGACCGCCGCCACGGCGGGGAGGUCUACGUGAGUCUCCAUACGCGGUCGAGCCGUCGGCGACCUCAGUGGAUGUGAAUGACGGAUCUUGUGGUUGUUGUGAGCCAUCAGUAUGAGACUGAACUCGUCCGACUCGGCCGUCGGAGAGCCGGACUUUGAUGCCUCGAGGGUGGUUGCCGCGCGUGAGCACAUCCUGGACGGUCCCGGAGACGGUGCGACCUGUGGGUUGGUCUGCUUUGAGUACGAUGUUGACGCCUGCACCGCGGACGACGGUGGCUAUUGUUGGAACGCGAGCCAUCUCCAGGAAGAUUUCUGCGAAAAAGAACAAGACUGUCGGUGGUAAUGCCGUUGUGGUUUCGGCAAGGGGGUGUAAGUGGACAGUGUCGCGUCGCUGGUGAUGAUGGCCCUGUAGAAAUUGUGAGUUUGCCGAAUGACGCAACUAGCCAGGCGAGGGUUCUGUGGCGCGGGCGAUCGCGGGAAAUCCGCACUCGGCCCUGCUGAGCAGCGCAUCAUGAACGCGGAAAUUUCCGGACUUUUCAUGAAUCCGGCCGGGUGGCGCAAUG